ACUUACUCACUCAUUGACAUAGCCUAUCUAUGUUCAAAAGGGACAGGAACUUCUCACUGAUCUGGUGAAAAGAUUGCUUGUUUUUCUUCCAAGAUUCACAGCGUGGCAGAUAUAUCUAGCAACAAAAAGUAUCCCAGACUCAUAGCAGGGCCAGCUGGGAGAUGUCUCUCACACUUGAUAAGAUCUUCUGUCUCAAGAUUCAUUUUUCACCAAAAAGUUAUUUUUUAACAAGCAGAGUCAAGUUCCUAGUCCAAGCUAAAUUCCGUUAUAUUAGAAAGGACAGCAAAGCCGCCGAGAUUAGAAUUCAUGGGGUGACUUCACCUGGAACAGCAUGUCUGGCCGCAGCGUGCGCCUGAGGUCAGUCCCCAUCCAGAGCCUCUCAGAGCUGGAGCGGGCACGGCUGCAGGAGGUGGCAUUUUAUCAGUUGCAGCAGGACUGUGACCUCGGCUGUCAGAUCACCAUCCCCAAAGAUGGACAAAAGAGAAAGAAAUCUUUGAGAAAGAAACUGGAUUCCCUAGGAAAGGAAAAGAACAAAGACAAAGAAUUUAUCCCACAGGCAUUUGGAAUGCCUUUAUCCCAAGUCAUUGCUAAUGACCGGGCAUAUAAACUAAAGCAAGACUUGCAGAGGGAGGAGCAAAAGGAUGCAUCUGAUUUUGUGUCUUCCCUCCUCCCAUUUGGGAACAAAAAACAAAACAAAGAACUCUCAAGCAGUAACUCAUCUCUCAGCUCAACCUCAGAAACACCAAAUGAGUCCACAUCGCCAAACACUCCGGAACCAGCUCCUCGGGCCAGGAGAAGGGGUGCCAUGUCAGUGGAUUCCAUCACGGAUCUGGAUGACAACCAGUCUCGACUCCUAGAAGCUUUACAACUCUCCUUGCCUGCUGAGGCUCAGAAUAAAAAAGAAAAGGCCAGAGAUAAGAAGCUGAGCCUGAAUCCUAUUUACAGGCAGGUCCCCAGGCUGGUGGACAGCUGCUGCCAGCAUCUGGAAAAACAUGGCCUCCAGACAGUGGGGAUAUUUCGAGUUGGAAGCUCAAAGAAGAGAGUAAGACAAUUGCGUGAGGAAUUUGACCGUGGGAUUGAUGUCUGUCUGGAAGAGGAGCACAGUGUUCAUGAUGUGGCAGCCUUGUUGAAGGAGUUCCUCAGGGACAUGCCUGACCCACUUCUCACCAGGGAGCUAUACACAGCAUUCAUCAACACUCUCUUGUUGGAGCCAGAGGAACAACUGGGCACCUUGCAACUCCUCAUCUACCUUCUACCUCCCUGCAACUGCGACACCCUCCACCGCCUCCUACAGUUCCUCUCCAUUGUGGCCAGGCAUGCUGAUGAUAAUGUCAGCAAAGAUGGACAAGAGGUCACUGGGAACAAAAUGACAUCUCUGAACUUGGCCACUAUAUUUGGACCCAACCUGCUCCACAAGCAGAAGUCAUCAGACAAAGAAUAUUCUGUUCAGAGCUCAGCCAGAGCUGAAGAGAGCACAGCUAUCAUAGCUGUGGUACAGAAGAUGAUUGAAAACUAUGAAGCCCUGUUCAUGGUUCCUCCAGAUCUCCAGAAUGAAGUGCUUAUCAGCCUUCUGGAGACAGACCCAGAUGUUGUCGACUACUUACUCAGAAGAAAGGCUUCCCAAUCCUCGAGCCCUGACAUGCUUCAGUCGGAAGUUUCCUUUUCCAUGGGAGGGAGGCAUUCAUCUACAGACUCCAACAAGGCCUCCAGUGGAGACAUCUCCCCUUAUGACAACAACUCCCCAGUGCUGUCUGAGCGCUCCCUGCUGGCUAUGCAAGAAGACAGGGCCCGGGGGGGCUCGGAGAAACUUUAUAAAGUGCCAGAGCAGUAUACAUUGGUGGGCCACUUGCCGUCGCCAAAGUCAAAGUCAAGAGAAAGUUCUCCUGGACCAAGCCUUGGAAAAGAUAUGUCAGAGGAGCCUUUCAAUAUCUGGGGAACUUGGCAUUCAACAUUAAAAAGUGGAUCCAAAGACCCAGGCAUGACAGGUUCCUAUGGCGACAUUUUUGAAAGCAGCUCCCUGCGACCGAGGCCCUGUUCCCUUUCUCAAGGGAACCUAUCACUGAAUUGGCCUCAGCGUCAAGGGAGUCCCACGGGGCAGGACAGUGGCACUCAGGUCAUUCGGAGGACUCAGACGGCGAACACUGUGGCACAGUGUAGUGUCCACCUUCCAGUGUCGCGUGUCUGCAGCACUCCCCACAUCCAGGGCGGCGGCAGGGGGUCCAGGAGGCCUAUAGCCAGGUCUGAGCCAUUCUUGUCCCUAAACAGCACAGAAGACGUGGCCGAGAGCGAGGUGGGAGUGGCCUGUCUGCAAAGCCGGGCCCAGUCUGUGUACCAGAGACCUCAAGGGAGUGGCAGAGAUGACAGGCGCCCCCCUCCCCCUGCCCCGGGGUCAGGGAAGCCUGCCAUGGCCUCAGCCCAGCAGGCCCCAGAGCCUCCCCUGUGGAGGAUCCAGAGGCAUGAAGAAGAUUCAGGAACAACUGCAGAAGAAGGUCAGCAGGCCUCAGGAGAGCAUCCGGCCAGGCCAACAAAACUGAGCAGCGCCUACUCCCUCUCAGCCAGUGAGCAGGACAGGCAGAACUCGGGGGAGGCCAGAUGGCUCGACUGGCAGCGAGAGCGGUGGCAGAUCUGGGAGCUCCUGUCAACUGACAACCCCGACGCCCUCCCGGAAACCCUGGUAUGA